UGACUUUGAAAGCAGGGUUAAAAUUUUAGAAGCGUAGUAAUUUUUGAGAAAAGAGAACUUCCGACAUCUUUGUUUACUUCCUGUGAAAUUAGAUAGCGCCAAAUUUCAUUAAUUCGCUGAUUGAAAGCUGUUAGGGUGCGACAAUGACAGGCCGUGUAAUAAUUGUGACAGGAGCUAACACUGGUAUUGGUUAUGCUGCAGCACAGAACCUAUGUGAGGGUGGUAAUGAUGUCAUACUAGCCUGUAGGAAUGAGGAGAAAGGGAAGGCUGCCGUAGAACAAAUUCUCAAGAAGCAUCCUAAUGCCUUGGCAACAUUUAUGCAGCUGGACUUGGCUGACAUGGCGUCUAUUAGGAAGUUUGUAGAGGAUUUUCAUGAAACUGGGAAGAAAUUAAAUGUUCUAAUCAAUAAUGCUGGAGUCUACAUGCUACAGAAACAAUGGACUAAAGAUAACUUAGAGAUGACUGUUGGUACAAAUCAUCUGGGACCAUUUUUACUGACCCAUCUGUUGCUUGAUGAUCUAAAGAAAACAGCCAGUGAAGCAGGAGAAGCUAGGAUAAUCAAUGUCACUUCUUCUCUCCAUGACAGAGCAUUAAAAAUCAGGAAAGCACCUGAGAUGUUGUCCACUGAAGACUUUUUCCUUGACAAGGAAGGGGCUUAUACUCCUGAGCAAAGCUACAGAAAUUCCAAACUCUGUAAUGUGUUGAUGACACAAAGUCUGUCUAAACAACUUGAUGGCACAGGGGUUACAUGUAAUUGUGUCUGUCCAGGAAUGGUGAAGGACACAGAACUUAUGAGACAAGCUGGGGCUGUUAAAAGGUUCUUCCUAAAGUAUUUUGCUAACACUUUAAUGAAGUUGAGAAUAAGAUCUAUUCCAGCUCAUUCUUUGGAGGAAGGUGGCAGAUGUUUGGUAGAUUUGUCUAUCAAAGAAGAUCAAAAAGGUGUGACUGGAAAGUUUUUCAGUAACUUUGAAGAGAAGAAAUCUUCAGAUGACUCUUUGGAUGAGGAGCUACAGAAGAAUGUAUAUGAGUUAAGUGCUCGUUACUGUCACCUGGAGGGUUAUGAACCUCUGGAUGCCCCUGCUCCACCACCCCAAGAGGAAAAACCUAAAAGUAAGAGGAAGUCCAAGAAAGGCAAAGCUGCUGAUGAGACAGACAUUGAGGACAAAGGUGGAGAAGAGAAAAAAGAUGCAUUAAACACAUCAGAUGUUAUACAGUUUGCUGAUGCAGAUACUUCUAAACUAGAAGAAGGAAAGAAAGAUUUAGAAGAAAAAACUGGAGAAAAGAUUGAAACGACAGAGGAUGAACCAAAAGUUGAUGAAAAAGGAGAUGCUGACAAACCAAAAGAACUGGAACCUGAAGAUAAAGAAAUAAAGAAAAUAGAUGAUGCUGUUGUCAUAGAGACCCAGGCAGAGGUCACUGCACAGUAGGACUUUUGUUGCCAUAGCUACGGUUACCAGUGCUAGGGCAGUGUUACUAUGUUGUUACUGACAUAUACAAUGCAAUUUAUGUUAUUUGCCACUGCUGUGACUUUGUAAUAUUAUCAAUUGAGUAAUAUGUAGUCAUUUUAAAUUGUCAUUUAAUUAUGCUGUUUACUUUUAGUAUGUCUUAGAUUUCCAUAUUAAGGAACAAUACAUGAUUGUUAACCUUUCACAAGUUGUAAAAGGGGGUGUAAUAAAUAGUUUUAAGAGAAAAGGGAGGAGGUGUAAAUUUAUAAGAUAACAGUUUUCAACAUGAAUCCUUACAGUUAAUGGCAGUUUAGGGAAAUCAGGUGAAUUUAAUUGCAAAAUUUACCUUCUCCCAAAUAAUAGUAAAGAACAAUUCAAAACCAGUUUCUUGCUAUCAUUAUUCUAUAAAGACAUACCUUAAAAGAUACAAAAAAAGAUGUAUGUUAAAGUAAAUGUUGCUUUUGGAAAGUUGUAUUUUUUGUUGCUUAAUAUAUUGUACGUCAUUGUUAAUAUUUUAAAUUUUAACCUUAAUAUUAAACACAAAAGAUGUGUAAGGUGAUUUUUAGUUCACUGUCAAAGACCUUGUAAAAAAAUGUAUUUAAAAAAAAAGGGAAAGACACUGUGUCAAAAUAGAUGGUUGACAUCUUUAGAAUUAAUGUAAUGUGUUAUGUUUUUUUUUAUCAAAUAUGGUCAAAUCACAAAACAAUGUACCCAUCUAAUGAUCGAACUAAAAAUCAAAUGAAGAGUUGAAACAAACCUGAAUUUAGAUAUGAAAGUGCCUGGAAGCUAAGAAAAACAAGUUUUAUUUUUUUUUACAUUAUUAUAGAAUGAAAUAUUACUGAUGAAAAGGAGUAUGUAUCUCAAUUUUUUAUAUGGUAUUUAAUUUAUACAAAUUUAUUUUCUAAUGAAAUGAUGUUUUAUUUAGUUAUGUAUUAUUUUAAUGUGGCAUUAUGUUUUAUGUAUAUGCAUAUUUUUUGUUUUUAUUCCCUUUACUUAACACAUUCAUGAACAGGGUAUUUUUAAUUAUUCAUCCUUUACCUCUAUAUAACAUCACCCCUUUAUCAAGAUUUAUUUUAAUAAAUAAUCCAAAUCUAAAAUUGAGAAUGGACUAGUCUGAUUUUUUUCUUGCUGCAGAAUAGCACAGUACAUUGCUAUGGAGAAUAGAAAGUAUAAAAUGUUUUUUGGCUUUUAAGAUGCAAAGGUUCAGCGUCAAGUUUAAUAAACAAUUUGUUGGAAGAAACUAUAUAGAAUGGACUAUAAGUACUAUUCAUAGGUAUUCAUCACUUUUACAUUGCAGCCCCACCCAAUCCUAAACCAAAAAGAAUGUUUUACAUUUAAGUUAUACCAAUUAUUCAUAUAAACUACAAAGCAUUUGCUAUACCAAUUAUUCAUAUAAACUUCAAGCAUCUUAUUAAAAAUUGCUUAUUUAUUGGCAUUAUCAUUUUUAUCAUCUUUUAUAAACCUGACAUUUCAUACAUUUCAUAUAACCAAUCAAAUUAUUUUAUUGUUGUAUACUAUAUUUUUUUAUAUAACAAAGUGUUCAAUUUAUUUUAAUUCACGCAUAAUUUUAUUUAAGGUGCUAAAUACAACUAUUUUACUGUAUCUAAAACAUGUUUUGUUUAUUGUAAACUGUAUUAUGAUGUUUUGCCAUAUUUAAGUUUUAUACAUAAAAAGACCUGUUUCAUUGUAUUAUUCAAUUCUAUAAAUUGCUUGCCCAUUAUGAUUCAAAUUAUAUUAAAUUUAGUUGCAAUAUAUGCUUAUGUGUUCAAUAUGUUUAAUUUGUAUUCUAGUCAAGUCUAGUGAAAGAAUUAAAACAAAAGUCAAUUUAAUUUACAUGUCCCUAUACAAUAACAAUUAUCAACCAGAACUCCAUUUAUAAAUGAUAGGAAUUGAAUUUACAGUAAUAAUUUAUCUAGUAAUAAAAUCAUAUUUGCUUUUUACAAUGCAUUAUGGAGAGUUUUAAACAUCAAUAUUCUGAUGUAUUCUUGUUUUUUUGUACUGCAAUCAAUUUUGUAAUAAUAUAUGCCAGUAUUUUGUAUGCCAUGCUAGCAUUUAAGUUUUGUAAAGGGCUUUUAUUUAUUGUAUAAUGUACAACUUGAUGCCAUAUAAUGGAUCUGCUUUUGUAAUAUUGUAGUCUGUAUUAGGAAGCAAACAUGACAUUGUAGGAGAAAAGACAAUUGUUAGGUGUAUUAUAAAGACACUGUUUGCUUGAUAACAAUCAGGAAUUUUAAAUUCUAAAUAGAACAAAAAGAAAGAGAAAUAUUGAACUGUUGUACACUAAAAAGAUUUGAAAUUGAGGUUUGGACUUUCAUACAUUUCUUCCUUGUGUUCUGAUUUGUAUGUCUGCCUGCAACAAACAGUAAUUAGUUCUACAUAAUGGGAUGUUGAUAUUAGUACUGCAUAAAAUGUUUCUAGGUAUGUUUCAAUUGACAGGUUUUUGAUCAUGCUAGGUAUUAUUGAGAUUAAGAAGGUUGUAGAAAGUGCUCACAUUGAUAUAUGAUAUAAUGUAGGACAUGGUAAAGGGUUGUAUCAGUGUUGUAGAAAGUGCUCACAUUGAUAUAUGAUAAUAUGUAGGACACGGUAAAGGGUUGUAUCAGUGUUAUUUGUAAAGUGACAAUAAAAUGUUUUAAACCU